CAAUUCACCACCAAAGCUUGGAGAACGAUAGCUGCGAGUUUUUCUUUUCUUCGAGUACACCGAUCGCGAUCGGCUACCGACCACUGGUAUCUGAACGGCACAUCUCCCAUCCUGCUGCUCAAGCUCCUGCUGCAAGCUGGUCAUGGAGGGUGCCAGGAUCUCCAGCCUCCCGAGCACAAGGAUCGCUCUGGUCACCGGCGGGAACAAAGGGAUAGGGCUGGAGGUGUGCCGGCAGCUGGCCGGCAACGGCGUCACCGUCGUCCUCACAGCCAGGGACGAGACGAGGGGCGCGGUGGCCGUCGAGAAGCUCAGAGACCUGGGGCUCUCCAGUGUCAUCUUCCAUCAGCUGGACGUCACUGAUGCUCCGAGCAUCGCUCGAUUGGCAGAUUUCUUGAGGACCCGUUUUGGGAAGCUCGACAUCCUGGUAAAUAACGCUGCGCUUAGUGGCCUUGAGUACCUCCAAGAUCAUGUUGAUGCUACUUCAACAGAGAGUGAGGAAAAGGCGAGCGGCAUGGAUAUGACUCAGCGGCUUGAAUGGGUGUUGAAACGUUGCCGGGAGACAUACGACGCCGGGAAGGAAUGCCUGCGGACGAACUACUACGGCACAAAACAAGUCAUCGAAGCGCUUCUGCCUCUGCUGCAGGCCUCCGACGAUGGAAGAAUCGUUAAUGUCUCCUCAGAGUUUGGGCAGUUAAGGCUUUUCAGCAACGAGGAGCUGAAGCAAGAGCUGAACGACGUCACGAACCUCACCGAGGAGAGACUGGACGAGGUGCUGGCCAUGUUUCUGAAGGACCUGGAGACCGGCGCGGCGGAGGCGCGCGGGUGGCCGAUGGUUUGCUCGGCGUACAAGGUGUCCAAGGCGGUCCUGAACGCGUACUCGAGGAUCCUGGCGCGGAGGCACCCCACGCUGCGCGUCAACUGCGUGCACCCCGGCUACGUGAAGACCGACAUGACCCUCGACUCCGGCUUUCUGACGCCCGAGGAAGGCGGGAGCAGGCUGGUGGCGGUGGCGCUGCUGCCUGCCGGCGGGCCCACCGGCUUGUUCUUCGCAGAGCGCCAGGAGGCGCCGUUCGUGUGAUACUGGGCCGUUGCCACUCUUCACCAAACUCGGCCGGCCGGCCGGCCAUCUUAGAUCAUUUUCUUCCAAUGUUGUUUGGUCGUUGGAAGUAUGUUGACCUCGAUUAGUAACUGAUACAUAUAUAUUACAAUAUAAUAAUAUCAUAGUCAUAUUUUAAUUAAA